AUGUGCAAACAUUAUUCGAAAUGUUCUUGUUGCAGGAAUGUGUUCUACCUGGUGGAGAGCGUCCCGAAAUUUGUUGAGGAAUACAACUUUGUUAUGCAAACCCUGUUCCACUGUCCCAAGAUGCCUUCCACUCAGUUCUACGAAGGACUCGUCCGGUUUGGAAUCGAAGACAAGGUGCAGUAUUUCCGCAUGUCUGACAAGGAGCGGGCCACCAUUUGGGAUGGCUGGACUGAAGAAGGGCCCAAGAAACCCAGAAGACGGGCCGAAAUUGACUUCUUCAACCUCGUCACUGAUCCUUCAGUCACUAAUGGAGCAGUGUUGAAAAUGCCGCACCCGGAAAACAGGGUCGUGUUGCGAGGAGCGAACCUAAUUAUUGAUUCCAGAAACACCGAACAUCAUUUCUAUGCUCGAGUUUUCUCCAGAGGCUCCGGGAAAAACAAUGUUGUCAACAAUAUUGUAUUCAACAAGUUGACAAAACGAGUCGAAAUGGACUCAGAUGUGAGGAAAACGCAUUUGCCUGACCGAGGACCGAAUGAAAACACAGAAUUUUGUGAUGAUGAACUUCCACCACUCUCAGUUGAAGAUGAAGAUCCAUUGGCUGCUUUCCGCUGUCCAGGUUCUAAGCGACCCCAAUCAUUAAUUUGUAAUUACUAGGACACAGCAAACAAUUUCUGUCGAUCUUAUUUUAAUCCUCGUUUCAUUGUUAUCCUUCUUUCGAAUCUUUCCUUUUUUAAUCCUGCUGAUAUUAUCGAUUGUUCAGUCAUGCUGCGAAAGCCUUUUGAGAGAACUCGUGGCAUUCUGAUGAAAUUGUUCAUUGCCAGGAAUGAAGGCUCAUAUUUCAUUUUCUC